AUGGCCUGGGCCAACUCUACUCCUGGCUCCGGGGGUCGCGCUACCCCGACUGUUUUUGAGCAACAACGCGAGGAAUUGGUUCGCGAGAUUGCGGUGGGCAUGGAGCAGGUGCUUCAAAACAUGAAUAAGCUUAAUCGGAAUUUGGAGAGUAUCAUCACGGUUGGUAAUGAAUUUAGCUCCGUGGAGGCUCUCUGGUCACAGUUUGAGAACUUCAUGGGUCAACCAGAAGAGAAUGAGGAGAGUGGCGAGAGCAAGCGGAAGGUCAGUGGGGAGAGUGAGGGCCAUCCGAUAAAGAAGGAGGAAGAUGAUGAAACAAUGCUUUAA